GACACAUGAUGUCAUGUGAUGUUCAAAAUGGCGGACAACACAACGUAAACAAUCAUUGUCGGGCACUCGGUGUUGAGGAUCAUAUGAGAUAGAAUGGUUUGAUGAUAUGAAACUUUGACGAUGAGGAAAAACCUUGCAUACCAGGAUCUGGAGGAUAUACCUGCAGAAUUGGCAGAGCAUGAGGGUGAAUCUUUGCAAGAAAUAGAUCUGACCCACAACAGAAUUUCUGAUCUACGAUUUCUGAUAGACUUCCCCAGACUAAGAUGUUUAGUGCUGGACCACAACUGUAUCGAGUCACAUGUGAAAAUAACAGUGGCUCCAAAUCUACAGACUCUGUGGGUAAAUCACAACAAAAUUAGAAAUCUGGGGUUAUUCAUUUCCACACUGUGUAAAUCUUGUCCAAAUCUUAAGUUCCUGUCUAUGAUGAACAACGAAGCAGCUCCCAGCUACUUCAAUGGAGGGACUUAUCACCAGUAUGCAGAUUACAGGCAUUUUGUCAUCGCUCAUUUCCCCAAACUGGAGGUGCUGGAUGAUAAGAAGAUAGAAGACAGCGAGAGGUCUGAGGCUCAGAGGAUUUAUGGACGUAAGAUGUCGACAUCAAAGCGGAAAUCAUCAAGGAAAAAGUCCGAGACGUGAAGUGUGGGAGACCGCAAAGCAAAUGAUAUAGGGAUAUACGAAAUUGUAGUGGGAAAAUAAUAUGCAUGUUGAACAAAUUACGACGCCCAAUUCCAUAUUAGUGUAUAACAUGUGAAAAAUUAUGAAGCGCAAGCUUAAUCUCGCCGUGAUAUGAAAGUGCAAUAGAGUUUUGGUGCUUAGAAGGACUUUGUUCUUGCCGUGGUUAUCUUCCUUCACUGUGUAUGUUGUUUUGAUAUUACCACAGACCAAUACUUUGUUUUACAGUGUUUUGGUUUUUUUUAUCAUCUUGUUAUACAUGUAUAUCUCAUUCGAUACUUCUUUCACUCAUUUGGAACCUUCACUUGCUGUAGAUGAAGUGCUACAAAUUUUGACCUACAUGUACAUGUAUGCAUGAUGUUUGCGGCCGUGUCAGUGAAAUUUCUUUAUUGUAUUAACGAAUAACGUGAAAUGGGACCUCCGAUUUUAAGGUCAUACUCGAAAGACUGGUGACUUUCACUUUUAAUGCUGGGUUAAUUAGAUGUAAUGUAAACACAUAUCAAUUAUUCAAAACUCAUGUUUUCAUAGAAGAUGUAAUGUUGAUGUAAUUUCUUAGAUAAAUAUUACUGACGUUA